UCAUAUAUGUUGGGAUUCUUUAGCUAGUUAGCUAUCACAUUAGCAAACUGCUUCGGAGCACAGCUGCCGCGUCGCCGGUUUUGUUGGACCUGCUGGAGGAAUGCUCUGCGAUGAUGGUGGAAAACAGCCGAAAUUCAACCCAUUUGAGAGCUUCAAAGAACUGGCUGCAAUUUCUGUUCCUGUCCGAGGUUUGCAGUGGAGAGCUCAGACCACACAGGACCCCGUCCUCUCCAAACCCUGCUCAGCUCUCUGGGGGCAGUGUCCAGCUCUCUCACCUGUCUGCAGCUGCAUAGGAGGGCGGAGUGAGUGGCAGCUCUGCUGAUGGAGAGAGGCGGUCGGCAGGAAGGAGAUCACGUCGCUCUGGUGUUCCCGCCAGGUAUAGACCUGAGCGCAGCCUUUUAUGGCUGCCUGUACGCCGGCUGCGUUCCCAUCACAGUGCGACGGCCUCACCCUCAGAACAUCUCCACAACCCUGCCCACUGUUAAGAUGAUUGUCGAGGUGAGUCACUCGGCGUGUGUGAUGACCACCGCCGUCAUCUGUAAGCUGCUGCGCUCCAAAGAGGCCAUGGCCACGAUUAGCAUCAGGAACUGGCCCCCAGUCCUGGACAGCGGCUUUGCAGCGUCAGCAGAGAGUGAGCGGGACGUCGGCUGGGGUCGAGUGUGUGUUUUCCUGAAGAGACUCGGGAAGAAAGCCGACAGCAGGAGCCUCAGUUUGGCUCACUGUGAUCCGACGGCUACAGACCUGCUGGAGCUUGCAACGUUGCUGCAGUUCCUCCCCCAGGUGGAAGAGAUGGACAUCUCCUGGAACGAGUUGAUUGGUGGAUCCCUGAUGGCUCUGACGUCUCAUCUGCAACACGUGGGCGAGGUCAGGACGCUGAGGCUCUGCAGCUGCAGGCUAAAUAGCGAAGACGUCGUUGGUGAAGCUCUCAGCUACAUCCCUGCUCUGGAAGUUCUUAAUUUGUCCCUGAACAGCGGCGUUGGGGGCGGUGGUCUGCAAGGCCUGCUGGGGAACCUUCACCCAUCGCUGAGGGAGCUCCACCUGAUGGCCUGUCGGCUCACUGCGGCUGAUGCUACAGUGCUGGAGUCUCGGAGGUGUGCUGCAGGUGGUUCACUCCGUUGCCUCCCCUCUGUGGGAGAGCUGGACCUGUCCUGUAACAAACUUCUAGCUGGUGGACUGAGCCGCCUCACCUUUCACCUGGCUCACGUCACACACCUGGAGAGACUCGACCUCCACCUGUGUUGCCUCACGCGAGAUGAUCUAGAGGCUCUGAUCCAGGUGCUGCCCUCUCUCACUGCACUGACGGAGCUUGAUGUUUCAUCCAAUAAGGAAGUGGGAGGUGUGGUCCACCCGCUGGUCUCCGCCCUCCCUGUGACACAAAUGAGCCGGCUGCCAUUCAACAGCUGCUACCUGAGCAACGAGUCCUUCACUGCUCUGGCCCUGGCGGUGCCCUAUCUGCGCACGGUGGAUAUUUCCUGGUGUAAAGUGGUUGGCGGUCACUUGGCGCUCCUGCUGGAUGCUCUGCAGCCAUCAGCCAUCAGCGAGCUCCGUCUUUGCAGCUGCGAGCUGACCAUUGAUGACAUGCAACAUCUGGCUGCCGUGUGCAGACGGGGCUGUCUCUCCUCACUCCGUGCACUGGAUCUGUCCUACAACAGCUUGGUGGGAGACAACGGUUGGUGCAGUCUGUUUGCAGCAGGAGGUCUGGGCUCUCUGGAAGACGUGGAUGUCAGUUUGCGACCUUCAACCUCUGCUCCGUGCUCAGCCUGGCUGCCCUCUCUGCUCCGAGCUCUGCCUCAAAUGCCGGCGCUGGCUCGACUGGCCAUGCAGAGGUGGACAGCUGACUGUCAGGAGAGAGAGCAGCUGAGGUACUGUCUAAAGAAGAGGAGCGUCCUGCUGGAAUGGGAUCCAGAUUUACAACACAUCAUCAGCAUGUAAAGGGAACAGUCAGGAGAGCCUAGAAGAGAGUCAGCCUGAGGAGUAGGGAGCAGAAAGCCUGAGUUAUCUGAUCUCAAAUUAAAAAUCAUCACAGAGAGAUUUCAAAAGAGCAUUAGGGAAGAAAAACGCAAUCAGGUCUGAAAAACCUUCUGAUUACAAGUAAAUUUGUCCAAACAUUUGUACACUGUGACCAGCUGGGACAGGUCCUCUGGGACUGACCUUGAGUUUUACAAUGUUGAAUUCUUUGUUAGGUGUUUACGGUAUCGUUUAAUACUCUUCUUUUGUUCUUGAGCAUGUUUGGAGUCUUUAUUCCGUGGGGUUUAUCCCUGUGUCUGUUUUCCUGUUGAGUUCGAUAUUCACACCGGAUAUGUCCCAUUUUAUUUUGGCGGUCAACUGUCAGAAACAUUUCAUGUUUAGUUUUUCGUCCCUCUCCUCUCUCAUUGUCAUUGAUCAUCUUCACCUGUUUUGUUGGCUUUCUCUGUUUAAAUGGUGGUGUCUUCUGUUUAUGAAGGACAUUGGAAUUAAUUUGCUUUUUAAUCUCAUGAACUUUAUCAUUCUGCACUUGGCUCCUCAUUUCAUGGACUUUGUAAUUCUGCAGUCAGACAACAGCCUAAAUAAAGAUUCACCUUUGUUACAUC